AUGUGCCAAUCCACUUCCUCCAUGAGCCAACCAACAAUCAAACUGUUUCAAGAAGAAUCUGCAGCAACCAUGUCUUCGCCCAUGGACGCUUUCUUUCGACAACUCAAGCUGGACCUGAGCCAACAAGAUUUGGUGAUCGUUUCCGACAAUGCAUGCGCCAUGAUGGAGCCUCCCUCUGCCAUCAAGUCUGACGACGAAAAAACUUACAGCAAAGACGAGCUUGAUAUUUCCUUUGGUGAAGAACGAUGGGAAAGCUCCUCAGACCACUCAACAAGCGGGGACAAGCCGCCCACACAGCUCCGCAGAGGUCUGCCAUCCAUGCCCAAGCGACAGCCCAGUAUCAAAGACCUUCUCAGCAACAGCAAUCACUGA